AUGAAUGGAGAACCUUCAGUUCCUUUCCCAGCAACUAAAGGAUUGAGACAAGGCGAUCCUAUUUCACCUUUCUUAUUUGCAAUUGUAAUGGAGUACUUGAGUAGAAGCCUCAAAGGAUUACAAAAGGAGAAGGAGUAUAAAUUCCACCCUAGGUGUUCAAAGCUAAGUAUUACGCAUCUAAGUUUUGUUGAUGAUUUGCUCUUAUUUGCAAGAGGUGAUAUACCUUAUGGUACUCAGCUUCAACAAUGCCUUAACCAAUUUUAUAGAGCAUCAGGACUACAAGCUAAUCAGACUAAGAGUUUUAUCUACAAUGGAGGUGUUACACAAGUAGUCAAAGAUGAGAUGCAACAAAGAUUUGGUUACUCCAGAGGUGAACUCCCAGUAAAAUACUUAGAAGUGUCUCUAUCUACUAAGAACAUGUCCUUAGCUCAAUGGCAACCUUUGAUAGAGAAAAUUAUAGCUAGAAUCUCCUUCUGGACAACCAAAAACUGUCUUAUGCAGGUUGCUGCUGCUAAAAAUCACUGGGAUCUUGCAUAUAAGGUGGACAAGCUGUGGAUUAGGUGGAUCAGUUCCUAUUAUAUAAAAAACCAACAGCUAGAUGACAUGCCAAUUCCUCAACAGGCUUCUUGGCUGAUGCUGGGUCAACUACCUAGAGUGGAAUGGAAAAUCUCAAUAUUUACAAAUGAAGCAAGAGCCAAAGCUAAGUUUACAAUAUUGAUGUACCUUCAAAACAAACUACUUACAAGUGAUAGACUUCUACAGUGGGGUAUUCCAGUGGACACAAUAUGUGUCAUGUGUCAAUUGCAUAAUGAGAGCAGAAACCAUCUCUUUGUGGAAUGUGUCUUUGCUCAAAGGACAUGGAACAAGGUCCUAAUGUGGCUUCAAAAGCAACCACAUGGUCUGAAUUCAUGGAACCAACAUUGGAGAUGGGCAAUGGAGAAUGCUAAAGGAAAGUCUCAAGCAGAUGCCACUUUCAAGAUGAUAUAUGCUGAGAUAAUCCACAUGAUAUGGUGUGAAAGAAACAACCGAGUGUUUGAGAAGGCCGGCAGAGAUGUAGAAGAAAUAGCAAGAACUAUAGCAUGA